GUCGUCUAAUCCUGGCAUUUGGAACAAAUCCCCCACUGACUUAAUCAUGGAAAAUAUUGCGUGUCAUUUGCGCACCACACUGGCUGGCUGAUGGUAGUGGUACUAAUUCACCACUGCUGUGAAACAGAACUCCCAACCUGCCUUGUGCUCAAAUCUCUAUUUCCCUGACUUCAUCCUGUUUCUUUCUGUUGCAAGCUUCGACCUAUUUUUCUUCUGUCUCACAGAACAGAAGAAUACAAAAUAUCACAGAUUAAUCGGUGUUUGUCCAUUGAUACUUUUUUUAUUAUUUCUUUUGAAUUAUUUAUUAAUAUAAUUGCAGCUAAUGUUUGGGUAAGUUCACUGUCUAAGACGGUCGUAUAUCCUCCGCCGUUUCUGCCCUUUCCACAGCAGCACCGUCCUACUGUUGUUUACCUUCCCAUGUGCUGAGAGUCGUUCAGUGCCCGCCCCUCUCUAUACUGUGGCCAAUCACAUUACUUAGCCUACACGAAGAUGUAUGUUAACAGCCAAUCAGUGCUUGUGUUUUUUUCCACGUCAACGUAGGAAAUAUGGCGGCGCACAUAACCACAGCGGUAAAACGGUUUGUUCCACGAUACAGAUCUGUGCUGUGAGAAUACCCACAAGACCUGUGUAUGCAGUGUUGCAGAUUUUGAUUAUGCACCACCGGCAUCACACCUCAGCGGGGGAGAGCGGUUGGCUCCUGCCCACAGCCUGGCAGUUGUAUACUGAAGCAUGGCGUCAACACCACCACUCUGCAGGCCCCUUGCUGCGUUACAUACCCCGCAGGGCAGUUCUCUACUGCCCUGGCAAUGAUGAGCGAAAAUUGAGGAAACUAGCUUCACUAGAUGUCGACUGUGCUGUCUUGGACUGCGAGGAUGGUGUAGCCCUUAGCAAAAAGACAGAAGCCAGAGAGAACAUUCCCAGGAUGUUAGCAGAACUGGAUAUGGGCCGGACAGAGAAGUGCGUGAGAGUGAAUUCGGUGUCCAGUGGGCUAAUUGAGGAUGACCUGCAGGUUAUCUUACAGGCUGAGGUUCUCCCUCCUGCCAUCAUGUUACCCAAGGUGGAAGACACACAGGAGGUGCAGUGGUUUGUUGACAGGUUUCAGCACAACUUGAAAGGACGGCCACUGACAGAAUCCAUUCGCCUGCUCACUUUCGUGGAAACCGCCAUGGGCCUGCUCAAUUUUAAGGCGGUGUGUGAAGAGAUCCGUCGCCUUGCACCCAAGGCUGGUCUUCACCAUGAUGGUGUGGUGUUUGGCUCUGAUGACUUUUGUGCAAGCAUAGGUGCCACGCGGACUAAGGAUGCCAGGGAGCUCCUAUACGCAAGGCAGAAGGUGGUUGUGACCACCAAAGCAUUUGGGCUGCAGGCUAUCGACCUGGUCUACAUUGACUACAAAGAUGUGGAAGGGCUGAGGCAACAGGCCAGAGAGGGAGCGCUAAUGGGCUUUACAGGUAAACAGGUUAUCCAUCCGUGGCAGAUUGAGGCUGUGCAGGAAGAGUUUUCCCCCAGUCAGGAGAGAGUCCAGUGGGCCAGAGAGCUCAUUGCUGCUUUUGACCAACAUCAGAAAGAGGGAAAGGGUGCGUUCACCUUCCACGGCAGCAUGAUUGACAUGCCCUCGCUGAAGCAGGCACAGAACAUCAUAACGCUGUCCGUCGCGGUGCCAGAGAAAUAACACGAAACGGAAGGAACCACAUAAAACCUCAGGAGAGGUCAAAGAAAACUGGAAAUGUCCCAGGUCUCAUGAUCUAAUUAACACUUCAACAAUGAUUUAACUUUGUUGCUGGACAUAAGAAUAGAGUGGAAAUAAUUAUUUUUAUAAUUGUUUAAGUAUAUAUUAAUUGCAGUAAAGGUUUACUUUUGCUGCUGAGGUAAAUGUUACAAUACGAAUCUACCUUGAGAUGUUUUCCGUAAUGCACAUAGUGACCAGCAGCCCAGUGUUGAGUAUUGUUGCCCCGUGUGGGCACUUUCUUGGCAUUCUGCAGUGUGUGUGCUGUCAUGUCAUUCUCCAGCGUGUACCCAUUCCUCCCAUCUCGCCUAGGUCAUGAUGAAUGCUCUCCCAUCUCCACGGUCCAGGCAGCUGGGUGAAAGGGUAAACAAACACAACAAGUCACUGUUGUGCAUCUAUUCAUUGGGCCCCUGUCUUCCAGUCAGUCCUCAGCCCCCUGCCCAGGGCCUGACUCACAAACAUCAGAGUUCUGCUCACUAAGAAAAAAAAAAGCACAGAUGGAAGUGUGUAAACUCACAAUUUAGCUUUUUUCUGUGUCUGUCUCCUUGGUAAAGACAUGCAGCUCAUGUUGUGGCAACUGUGAGCCUAUGAUCUUGAUGAAGGCGGCGUUUGGUAUCAGAAACCUGUAUGAAAAAUAAACCCUGUAAACAUACAGCACACAGACAAAUGCAGCAGCAGCAUUCUUUACCUGAUCUCUCACAGUUUAACUUGGAUUUUCAGUUACUGUUCACCUGUUUUUAUAUCAGCGUCUCCAAAUAACGGCUUCAUUUAUCAUCAGUGAUAAAUGGUCCCAGUUGUAAAAAAUGAACUGCCAAACCAGUUCGGUAAACUAGCUGGUUGUUCUGUCACAAAUGAAAGUACAAUGGGGCUCUGUGAAUCGCUUGUGCAUGUGUGAUUUCCAGAAACAGUGAAGUGGGUGUGAUGUUGGAGUGAGACAGAUUAGUGGCCAUGUUGCUCCAGCAGACCAGGACCGAGGCUUUGUCUCUCUGACUGUGGAUGGGAGGAUAAUUGGGGGGGUGUUGAAUGGUUAAUAGUGCCAUUGGUGACCAUGGUAAUGAAAGGCACCAUACCUCCCCUACCCCUCCUCGUCCUCUCUCUCUUUUUCUCUCCUUCUUUCUCUCCCUCUCUUUCUCCUACUGUAUGAUCUAUUGUGUCUGGGGCAGGACUGUGGUCUCUGCCAGGCCAGGCCAGACAAAAAGAUCGAAACCACUCCUGCGCCCAGCCAAAGACCCAAACAGUAAGCUGUCUCUUUGGCAUUUGGCCACAUAUUUCCCUCACCCCUGGCUCACUUUUUCUGUCAUGAAUUCAAAUUCAGCUUGUUUGUUUGUUUUCCCCCAAACUACUUACUAUCAUUAUACCCCUAGGUUGGUGGACAAAACUGCUAUUAUGUAUGACUUUCAUUAAAUGAAUCCACAGACAUGAUUUGAGUACAGCCAUUUUGUGAGGCUCUGCAGGUCUGCAGAAGUGGCCGAGCUGUAUCUUGAACAAGGAUGACUUAAAAAUAUUUCUUCUACUUUCCACUUUCAGAAUUUGUAGAUUGUGAGAAAUACACACAGAUUGCUUUAACAUCGUAUACCCUGUCAUUUGAUUGUUUUGCCAUUAAAGGAAGCUAUGAGGAUUUUGAUUAAACUUUAAAAUAC